UGCUCGAGCUUCGAAGUCAACCAGCUCGUCUUGGCAAUCACCCCCAGCAACAGGCAGGCGUUACCAUGUUUCUCGUUGACUGGUUCUAUGGAAUUCUUGCGUCGCUAGGGUUUUACCAUAAGAGCGCUAAGAUCCUCUUCUUGGGGCUCGACAACGCGGGAAAGACAACCCUCCUGCACAUGUUGAAGGAGAACAGGGUACAGGUGCACCAGCCCACGCUGCACCCGAACCAGGACGAGCUCAUCGUGGGGAAGGUUCGCUUCAAGACGUUCGACCUCGGAGGCCACGAGACGGCGCGAAAGCUGUGGAAGGACUACUUCACCACGGUGGACGGUGUUGUCUUCCUCGUCGAUGCGCUGGACCGGCAGCGGUUCCCGGAGGCGAAGAAGGAGCUUGACUCCCUUCUGACGGACGAGAACCUGCAGACUGUGCCCUUCCUUGUCCUGGGGAACAAGAUCGACAUGCAGGCGGCCGUGAGCGAAGACGAGCUCCGGUAUGCGAUGGGGCUCUACGACACGUUCGGGAAGGCGUCCAAGCCGGACUCGAACCCCGGGGUACGGCCAAUCGAGCUGUACAUGUGCUCCGUGGUCAAGAGGAUGGGCUACUCGGACGGCUUCAAGUGGCUUUCGCAGUUCAUCUAGAUAUAGCAAUAUCCAUGGGGCAAGGUUUUCCGGACGGUCUUGGCUUGUAGACGGAAGGGAAGUGCGGACUUCGGCAUAGUACUUCGGCAUAGUACUCCCAUCUGAGGGCGAGGGGGGUAGAGGGACGGGAGUGGGUGGCAAAUACCUCCCUCCAAAUCGCUUUUGAGCAUGUCGGGGAUUCCUCGCCUAAGUGUACCAUUUUGCGCGCAUGGUUAAGAGAGUUGGCACGUGUUCCAACAGCAGCUUGCUUUGGGGCUAACGCUCCUUCCUCCCUGUCGCGGGGGUUCCCGGGUCGCUUCAGUGUUGAAAUAUCAGCCGGGGAUUUCGGCCGUGAUGGAACAGGCACCCCCCCGUGGCGGUGCUCUUUGCUUCGUGGAGAGGUACAGAGUAAAAAGUCCGCGCCAAGCAGAGACAGGGGGAUGGAAACCCGACCUGCAUCGCUGUGUUUCAUAUCAAUCUACGAGGGUUGGCCGGGGGGAGGCGUGGCUGAUCCAAGGAAGGAGUACACGAGCAGUUUUGUCCUGUUCGGAACAGUGACAAAUAUUAUACGACGUGAGGAAUUUUUCGUCCGAUCUCGCCAAGCGACCGGUCGGCGAAAGCGUGACUGACUGGCCGCAGUUUUGAAAAGGGAUUUUUUUUCACGUCAGGCGCGAGUACGAACUGCUGUGGUUCUGCUGCUGCGUGCUUCACUCCUAAACUAGUCUAUAUGUUACAACGCGCGCAGGGCAGAUCAAGUCUGCUUUCGCGCGUGCGGUGCCGUUGCUAAAUGAAGCCAGCUGCGGCUUAAUUCGCGGUCAAUGUAUUUGGGGUGUGGGUGCUGUUCCCAAGCAUCAUGUUCUGCGAGCAUUGAUGGGCGUUUUGGGCGGACCUGCGCCCCCCACGCCAAGGCAUUUCUACAAAAAAAAACGAGCAACGAGCAAUGCCAUGCAUUUUCACUGAUUCGCAGAG